ACGACGUAAAGUUAUCAAUUUUCGUGUGAAAAUGUUCUUAUCUGACUUCUUUUAUUAGAUUUUUAACUAAAAUAAGUUAAAAAAUGUCUCAAACAAAGAUGUUUCAAUACACACUGAGGUUUUGCUUCGUGAAAAGUCAACUGAAUCUGUCGCAAUUUUUCAAUUGUUCUAGCAAAGUUGUAACCAGGUUUUCAAGUACAAAUGCCAGUAAACAGAAAACAGCAAGUUCUGUAUAUCGUACUAUGGACAUUUUUGAUCGAGAUGCGAAGAUAAAACAACGGGAAAUAUCUGCUCAACAACAGGAUUAUCAUUUGUGUGAAUACGUAAAAGAAGAGGUCGGUUGGCGCACAGCUGACAGGGUUUUCGAUAUUAAAAGGACUUUUAAAAAUGCUGUUGAACUUGGUGCAGCUCGUGGCUAUGUAUCUCGUCAUUUUCAACCAGACAGCGUAGAAAAGGUAACCCUUUGUGAUACGUCUCCGACUCAUUUGGAGAAGGCCAUAGUCGGAGAAGGAGUUCAGUUUGAGAAACGGAUCAUGGAUGAGGAGCACAUUGAUUUUCCUGAAAACAGCAUAGACUUAUUUGUAUCAUCACUUGCUUUACAUUGGGUGAAUGACCUUCCUGGAGUAUUUGACAACGUCUUGAAGUGCUUGAAGCCAGAUGGGGUAUUCCUGGCUUGCGUGUUCGGUUGCGAUACCCUAAGCGAGCUCCGACAGGCGUUGCAACUCGCUGAGACAGAGCGCAUCGGCGGAAUGUUUUCACACAUAUCCCCAUUUACAAGAAUUAGGGAUAUUGGUGGAUUACUUGGCGCUGCGGGCUUCUCCCUUCAAACGGUAGACGUGGACAGCAUAACAGUAUGGUACCCUGACGCUUGGGCAGUAAUGCGAGACGUACGAGCACUGGGAGAAAACAAUGCAGCAAGAAAUCGUCCAUUGCGGCUUAACAAGGACGUGCAAUUUGCUGCAGCAGCUAUAUACGACGAAAUGUUCGGAAAGGAAAUGCCCGACCGCGGCGCCCGCGGUGUUCCAGCAACAUACCAAAUUAUUAACUUCCUCGGCUGGAAGCCAGAUCCUUCGCAGCAAAAACCUAUGGAGAGAGGCACUGGAGAGAUUCACCUCAAAGAUUUGCAUCGAAUUGAUGAAAUCAUACGUGAAAAGAAACGGCAGACUGAAGAAACGGGAAAGGAAGAAAAGAAAUGAUUAGUUAAUAUUUUACUGUUGGAACGAUUUGAUUGGUCGGUUUUGAUUUUAGUAUUGCCUUUUACGUGAUAUUCGUCGGUUUGAAUAUCGAACGCAUUACAGGUGAUAAAGCCUGUGACUGGCUAGUUAUUUUUGCAUGCCUAUUACUAUUUUGAAAAGUUGGUCCAAUUCAAAAUAUUGUAUAUGGGGCGCGCCCUCACAUGGCAACAUUGGGAUGGUCUAUGAUUCCCUCAACUUUGAGCGGCAUGAUUCCCUCAACUUUGAGCGGCAUGAUUCCCUCAACUUUGAGCGGCAUGAUUCCCUCAACUUUGGGCGGCAUGAUUCUCUACUUUGGGCGGCAUGAUUUCCUCAACUUUGGGCGGCAUACCCUACUCACUAUAUUUUAAACCAUCCUGAUGAAUACGAUGCUUUUGAAAUAGACCGCUAUUCUAGAAACCCAUAAGUCCUCAAAGAGAUGACUAGUUAACGUUGUUUAAGUUGCAAACAAAUAAUAUUACUAGAUACUUAUACUUGAUUUUAUUUAAUAAAACUUGUUAUUGUU